UUCACCGCCUCACUCUGAUACAACAGCUGAGAAAGCAGACAGACCAUCACCCAUCUCAACAAUGAAGUCAGCAGCUCUCCUCGCACUUCUGGCCGUCCUGCUCUUCGUAGACGUGAGAGGGCAACGGGAUUCUGCGGGAAGAUGCAAGUGCCUGGAUGCAGGGGUCAAUGCCAUCCGCCCAAACCGCAUUGAGAGGCUCGAGGUGCUUCCUGCCUCCGCCUCAUGCCCCAACAUGGAAAUCAUUGUCACUCUCAAGGAGAAUGGUGGAGAAAAGUGCCUGAAUCCAGAGAGCAAGCUUGCCAUAAAUUUUGUCAAGAGAGCUAUCAAAAAGAGGAGUACACAGUAAAUUCCAUUGGAUCUCUCUCUGAUUCUAGAGGCAGCUAUAUGAAAACGCACUUUCUUUCUAAGAGCAAAACAUGGAGACUCCUAAUUGUUCUAUAACAUGGAUAUUAUAUCAGAGUACUUUUGUAUUUAUUUGCAUGUUAUGUUUGGGAUAUGUGUUCCUGUGUCUGUUUGAAAGGUUAUUUACAUUUGUUAAUUGUUAAUUGUGACGCUUUUGAAGAUAUCUAUACUUAAAGCUGAAAUAAUUCAUACCGUGCUAAACUGAUAUGUAUUGAUUAUGUUGUAUAUA